CCCUGCGCGCCUGGUUGCCCUCUGGAGGCAGACGUCCAUCGGCAUCUUAGAACCUUCUCCGGCCCCGGUGUUCCCCGCUCGCCGCCGCCGCCGCGGUGGUCCUGGGGCGCGCUCCUUUCCUCAGACUCAGAUCCGCCGCUGAAAUUCCUUAACUAUAACUAAGGAAUAUAGGCAAUAUGUUCUACACCCAUGUGCUUAUGAGUAAACGAGGACCCUUGGCCAAAAUAUGGCUUGCAGCUCACUGGGAGAAGAAACUCACAAAGGCCCAUGUAUUUGAAUGUAAUAUAGAGAUGACUAUUCAAAACAUUAUUUCACCAAAGGUGAAAAUUGCACUUCGAACUUCAGGACACCUUCUUUUGGGAGUUGUUCGAAUCUAUAAUAGGAAGGUGAAAUAUCUUCUGGCAGAUUGCACUGAAGCAUUUCUUAAGAUGAAGAUGACAUUUCGCCCAGGACUGGUUGACCUCCCAAAAGAGAAUUUUGAAGCAGCUUACAAUGCUAUCACAUUGCCAGAAGAAUUUCAUGAUUUUGACAACUAUAAUAUAAAUGUGAUUGAUGCCUCAGAAUACUUCACUUACAACCAAAGCAAACCUGAAGAAAUUACACUGAGAGAAGAUUUUGGCAAUGAUCUUUUUCAAGCUGAGAGCUCUGGAGAGGAACCUGAAAUUCUUAGAAGACAUACCUUUUUUGAUGACAACAUAUUACCAAACUCCAGUGGCCCUUCAAUUGAACAUAGUUCUGAAAGCUUCCAUGGAGAAGGAUCUGUGUUCUAUGACAAUGGAGAUGGAUUUGGAGAUGAAGGAGCUGCAGGAGAAAUGAUUGAUAAUCUAUUGCAAGAUGAUAAAAAUGUUCUAUUUGAAGACAUGCAUUUGAACGAUGAAACUCCUGUGCUUCCUGAGUCUCUCAGCAGUUUGAUAGUAGAGCCCAACAAUCCAGGUGACCAGCAUUUACCUGAAGAUAAAAAAAUGGAUGGAACAUCAUUAUCAAAUGAAGAGGAAGGAUUUAUUCUUGACCCAAUUGAUGUUUUAGACCUUGCUGAGAAAAGGAAAAGUAAGAAGAGGAAAUUGCUCAUAGAUCCAGUCAAGGAGAUAAGUAGCAAAACUAUGUAUAAACAACUCAUCUCCUUUGCGGACACUCUCAUGACUUUGGACCUUGCACCUCCUACACGAAGACUGAUGAUGUGGAAGAAGAAGGGAGGAGUAGAUACACUUCUGUCAACUGCUACCCAGAAUUUGAUUCAUGCUGAACUGAAAGUGUUGUUUGAAAAGAGCUUUCUGCCCUGUGGCUUUAAACUUUCAAGAAGAUUGAUGCAGAAAGAACCAGUGAGGGACGAAGUGGGAGAGCAAGAUACAGUAGAGCCCUCCAUGAUGGAAGAACCAAAUUCCCACAAACAGUUAGGUAAACCCCAAAUUUGCAUGGAUGUGAUUGAGGAUAGCUUUCAUGAGGACAUCAAUAAAAAUGCUAACUCUGAGCAGGAUAUUAUUGAGAUGUUUUCUGAAGCUGCUGAGCAAUCAUCUUCAAUGAAUGCCUCCUGGGCCCAAGAAAAUUGUCCAGUUGACUUGGAAUCAUCAGGCAGUGAACAAACUGUUGAGGUGGAUAUAUGGAAUCGAAGAUUAUUCCAGAUGUUAAAUAGAUUACGGGACUCCAACAAGAGGGGAAUGCAGUCCUUUAGCCUAAAGGAGCUCUGCAGAAAUAGUGACCAAAAGCAGACAGCUGUCAAAUUUUAUACCUUUCUUGUCCUAAAAAAACAGCAGGCUAUUGAGCUGCAUCAGAGUGCUCCCUAUGAAGAUAUUAUAGCAACAGUUGGACCAAUGUUCUAUAAAAUGUGAAGAAAAUCCAGAACAAGCAGGUUCUGUCAUCAGUGGCAUUUCUGUACAGAUUGUUCAAUUUAAUGCAGAGGCUAUGUGGAAACUGCUGAAGGUUUGGUGUAUUUCACAGAUGGACUGACCUCUUGUUCCCUAUCUGGGAGGUUAGCAUAAUCUCAGCCAGAAUUAACAGAAGCAUUACAGCUAAGUACUGUUUUAACUAGGCUAAUUUGAAUGCAUGGCAUUUAUUGUUCACCUGAUUUGAAUGUUGCAUUUAGGAUACAUUUUUAAAAUGCAAUAUACCUCUAAGAAACAUUCAAAGAUUUAAAAAAAAAAGAUUAUUAUGCAUUUUUUACUUAAACUUUGUGGGGUUAAUGAAUCCUUAACACUUUCUUAUCUGUACAUAGGCAAUAAUUUAUUUAAUCUAGUACAUAUGAUCCUUGAA